UUUCCAAGACCAACUUUUCCAACAACAAUGAUUUUCGGGCUCUUCUGCAGUCUCUUUAUGCCACAUUCAAGGAAUUUAAAAUGCAUGAGCAGAUUGAAAAUGAGUGUAUCAUUGGUUUACUUCAGCAACGUAGCCGGACAGUGUAUAAUGUGCACUCGGACAACAAACUCUCCGAGAUGCUUAGCCUCUUUGAGAAAGGGUUAAAGAAUGUAAAGAAUGAAUAUGAACAGCUAAACUAUGCGAAACAGCUGAAGGAGAGAUUGGAAGCCUUUACCAGGGAUUUCCUUCCUCAUAUGAAAGAGGAAGAGGAGGUUUUUCAGCCAAUGUUGAUGGAAUACUUUACUUAUGAAGAAUUGAAAGAUAUUAAGAAGAAAGUAAUUGCACAGCACUGCUCACAGAAGGAGGCUGCAGAAUUCAGAGGUCUUAGUAAGUGGAAUCAAGCAGAAGAGCUUCAGAAGGUCUUUAAGUAUUCUGUGGACGAGAAGGCAGAUCAAGAAACCGAAGUAACAGGGCACACCACAAAUAUUACUAAUCUUCCUCCUGAAGUCAUGCUGACCAUUUUCAGUUACCUUAACCCCCAAGAGUUAUGUCAGUGUAGUCAAGUAAGCACUGAAUGGUCACAGUUGGCUAAAACUGGAUCUCUCUGGAAACAUCUCUACCCUGUUCGCUGGGCCAGAGGUGAUUGGUAUAGUGGUCCUGCAGCAGAUCUUGAGACAGAACCUGAUGAGGAAUGGGUGAAAAACAGAAAAGAUGAAAGUCGUGCUUUCCAGGAAUGGGAUGAAGAUGCUGACAUAGAUGAAUCUGAAGAAGCAGCUGAAUAUUCACUUGCCAUUAAUAUAGCACAAAUGGAAAAACGUUUACUUCAUGGCUUAAUUCAUAAUGUCCUCCAGCAUGUAGGCUCCUCAGUGAAGACAUUAGUAUUGGCCUACAGUUCUGCAGUGUCUAACAAAAUGGUUAGACAGAUCUUGGAGCUUUGCCCCAACUUGGAAUAUUUGGAUCUCACUCAAACUGAUAUUUCAGACUCUGCAUUUGAAAGUUGGUCUUCAGUUGGUUAUUGUCAAAAUCUACGUCACCUUGAUCUGUCUGGAUGUGAAAAAAUCACAGAUGUGGCUAUAGAGAGGAUUUCCAGAGCACUGGGUAUCAUAUCAACUCACCAUACCAGAGGUAUUCUGAAAAGCUGCAGAAACAGGAAUGCUAAGACUUUGUGGAAAAACAGAGAGAUUACUCUGCAGUCCAACAAGAAGUAUAAUUGUUUGCAUGAGAUCAACAAUGAAAACCUCAUUGAGGGAGGAGAUGGUGAGCAGCAUUGGACUAAACCUGACAGCUCAGAAAACUUCAAUUCUGCUUAUGUGUGGAUGCUAGAUGCAGAUGAUUUAGCUGACAUUGAAGAUGCUGCAGAGUGGAGACACAGAAACGUUGAAGGAUUUUGUCUUACAGAACCAACAUCCCAUAUUAAUUGUUCUGCAUCAUGCUACAGUAGAGAAAUUUAUGGAUUAAGGACUAGAGGGUGGCAGCAGCACUGUGCUUCUACUGACUUGAUUUACUGCGGUCACUCAUUUUGUUGUGCUGGGACAGCACUAAGAACUAUUCGAGCACUUCCAGAGUCCUCUGCACUGUGUAAAAACUCAACAAGGACUAAGCAGUCAGAGAAAAAAGACUCUGUAUACUCUGGGAGUGAAAAAACAGAUGAAGAGACUGCACGAGUUCUUCAGUUUCUCAGUCUUUCUGGAUGUUACCAGAUCACAGACCGUGCUCUCAGGGCAUUGACUUUGGGAGGAGGACUGCCGCAUUUGGAACACCUUAAUCUCUCGGGUUGUCUCACUGUAACUGGUGCAGGCCUGCAGGAUUUAGUUUCUGCAUGCCCUUCUCUAAAUGACGAACACUUUUACUACUGUGACAACAUUAACGCAGCCAAAAAAGCCACCAGUGUUAUGCAUCAUCAGGGUGUUGAGAACAAGAUAGAGGGUGUUGCUGCACGGUCCUGGAAGCCUUGGGGCACUCACAUGUGGAGCAAUGCCUGUGGUUUUGGUCUCCCCGUCUUGAGGAGUGUAUGUAGUGGAGUUACAGAAGACACAGAAGAGGUCUCCUAAAAAGAAUUAGGGAACUGAGCAGCUGUCUUGCAAGGAGGCACUCAAAAGGCUGGAAUGAUUCAAUCUGGGAAUGAGAAGGAUGAAAGGAGGAUGACUUAACAGAACUGGGAAAGCAGUAGAUGAGGUGAAUGUGCAGCAGUAACUCUCCAAAUUCUGCAGUAUUAGAGCUCAGCAACAGUAGAUGAAGAGGGUAGGCAAUUGAUUCAAAGCAGAUGCACAAUGUAGUGAACUUUGUCCUGUGGGGAAUUGCGGAAGCAGUAUCAGCAGGUUUAAAAAGAGGUUAAACAUAAAAGAUAUGCAGAAUAGGCUUAUAUUGUCUCCCUAGAUAACACUUGCUGUUGCCAGUGAUGAAGGUAGUGUUAGAUAGACCAUUGGUCAGACCUAGAAGGGCAGCGUUUAUGUUCCAUUUAUGAGCAUAAGGAAGAACAUUCUUAAAACGAGCAAGAAAAAGAUGGAAAACAAUAUUGAAGUAUACUGAGUAUUUCCUUCCUUGGGAUGUUGGGGCUCUAUACAUUUUGUCAACAAGCAUUUUACUAGAAAUGUGACAGUUGCUUCAAAAUUACUGAUGUGCUGCUUAGCUGUGGCAAUGAUGAGGAAGGUCAGCUACGACUUGGAAAAAGCUGCUGCACAGAACAUGCUCUGCUUAACCAGCUAUUCAGAAGCACCGAGUCUCCUUUUUAAAGGACUUAUGAAGAAGCUUUCAAACUCUAGCUCGUAAGUGACUUGGAAGAUCAAAAUUUAGUUCAGGUGAAUAAAAAGAUUUAAAAAGGAAAAUGAGUUUAUUGACAACUGAAAAGUUUACUAUUUUGCAUACUGUAACCAUUGUCCUUUAUUAUAGCUUCAGGUUUGUUUUAUUCAGUCUCAUGCAUGUUAACUUAAUUACCUUGUAGAAUAUUCCGCACGGGUGUGUGGCAUGAAGCAGAAAGCUGAUUUCCAGACACCAGGUUCUUGGAAAUUAAUUGAAUUAUGACUUUAAAGUACUGUUCAAGGGGAAAAAACAAGCCAGACAUAGCACGGUGCCCUAGUUCAUUAAAUGAUUUUGCUAGUCUUUUCUAAAUGUAUUAAAACCACCUUAAUUACUCUUUGAUUUGUAUCAAAUACAAAGGGGGGAAAUUUGGGUUGUCCUGGUUAGGUCUUUACCAGCUUGUUUUAGUUAACUUAGCAACUCACUUCCAAUUUACGUUGGGUGCCAGAGUUCAGCCAACUUGUAUGUAAAUGUUUAUGUCUCUAAAGAAGGCAUAUGGCUAUAGGAAAUAAGAUCCUGUACUAAUAAAUCUGAUAGUUUCUUAUCUCAUGAUCAUUUAACAUUUCAAAUUAAAGGGAUAACAGUAAGCAAAGGUAAGUGGAGGUGGGUUGAAUUAGUGUUGGUUUGUAGUCUCUGUGCUCAGACCUUUCUCUUUUGGAAUGGCUAGUUUUUAGCCUUAUGGCUUCUGAUAACUGCAGUGAUACUAAAGGUGAUUUUCUCUUUAGUUUUUCAAUUUCCAGUCAGCAUAUGUGAGGUCUAGCCAACCAUGAAGUGUCACAGAGAAAAAACCUUCCAGACUAAAAAACUGUUUCCAUUAUGGUAGAAGUAGUUUCGGACAUUAUGAUUUCUUUGGUAAUGCCAUGAAGUCAUCAACUGAAUUUGAAAAAUGGGAGUUAAAUAUGCAUUAUGAAAAUAUACCUCAAUUCUGAAAGCUACCUGUGAGAGCUUGCUUAAACUUGCUUAUUUAGUGUUGCUCAUCAUACAUCGGUGUCAUUUUGAAUUUGUUAUCUUCAAGGGACUAAGCUAUCGGAGCAAAAAUAUCUUGAAAAAUAACUGUUCCAAUUGAGGUUUUUAUACUGUGAUAGUACUGGCAGUGUUUCAGACUUCACAGUGCUGAAAGCACUUUAGUGUAUUAAAAAACCCCAAAGUUUUAUGAACUACCAGGUUAUGAGAAUUCUGAAUCUAAGUAAAUGGCCUUUUCUUCUUUUCACAUUUGUUCUGUUUUUGUGCAGGUCCUCAUGCUGAAACCGCCAGUGGAUGCCAGAAUUUGCAGUGUGGUUUUCGGGCCUGCUGCCGCUCUGGCGAAUGACCGCUGACUUCUGAUCUUUCAGUCUACUUCAUUUAGCUCAGCAGGCUUCCUUUCAUGCACUUUACUUACAGUUUGCAUCUUGUGUUAACAAUCCUUGGAGUGAGAUUUGUUAUACUAGCCUGACCCUGCCCACAACUUCAGAAUCUUAAUUAUGAGUGUACUGUACAGUGUUGUAACAAUCUCACAAUCUCAUUUGGUUUGAAGGGUGUUGGGUUUUGUUUUACUUAAUUUGGGGAAGAUGGGAAAACAUUCAAUUUUUUUAAUGCCACUUUCUUCCAAGUUUGGCACUUAAAUAUACUUUACUGGAUUAUUUUGUGUUAAGUAAGUGAAUGUUUUUUUUUUAUUUUGAAUCCGUAAGUACAAUAUAAAGCUCUGCAGAGAAUUUGAAACGUAUUGUUUGCAUUUGGGUAACAAUUAUACAUCUUUAGGAGCCUUGUUUCUUCCCCUUUCCUCUCAUCCUUAAGUCAUUCUUUAUAUUGCAAAAUUAGGAAAAUUCACACCUUCCUUUUGCAUUUGGUUUUGUAUUUGGGCUUAAAAGACAUACUCAAAUAAAACAUUCCCACCAAUAAA